AUGUCGGGUCUUGGCGAUGCCGAAGGCGGCCAGUCCAACCGCGGCGAGGCUCUCGACGAUACCUCGGGCAGCUCCAUUUCCGGCCUCGUCAGUACUCUAGCCGUCUGCGCUCCCAUUGCCGGCGUCUACCUCGUCAUCUUCUUGAUCCUUCGCCGCAGCCAAAGGCGAUUUUAUGCCCCGAGAACUUAUCUUGGCAGUUUGCGUGAGAGCGAGCGAUCACCAAGUCUGCCCAGUGGCUUGUUCAACUGGUUUAGUCACUUUUGGAAGAUACCUGAUGUCUACGCCCUCAAGCACCAGUCUCUCGAUUCCUAUCUCUUCCUUCGAUUCCUCCGUAUCUGUGCCACCAUCUGCCUGGUCGGCCUUGUUAUGACAUGGCCGGUCCUCUUCCCCGUCAAUGCUACCGGCGGAGGCACCGCCAAGCAGCUCGACAUCUUGACCUACAGCAACAUCGACGUCGCAUCCUCCUCUGGACUCAACCGCCUGUACGCACAUGCUCUCAUUGGCUGGCUAUUCUAUGGCUUCGUCAUGUACAUGAUCAUGCGCGAGUGCAUCUUCUACAUCAACUUGCGUCAGGCUUUCCUGCUUUCGCCCACCUAUUCUAAGCGAAUCUCGUCUCGCACUGUCCUUUUCGUAUCAGUCCCCGACGAGUACCUUGAUGAAGCCAAGUUCAAGAAACUCUUCAGCGACUCGAUCAAGAGAGUUUGGAUCACUGGCGACACCGAGAAGUUGGACGAUCUCGUUGAGGAGCGUGACAAGGUCGCCAUGAAGCUCGAAAAGGCCCAGGUGAAGCUCAUCAAGUUGGCAAAUGCCGCUCGUCUCAAGGCUGCCAAGAAGGGUGGUGCUCCUGAGAAAACUCCCUCGGCUCAAGACACCGAGGCUGGCGCUUCCGAUGCCGCUGCUCGUUGGAUCCCCCAGAAGAAGCGCCCUACCCACCGCCUUGGUCUCCUGGGCCUCAUUGGAAAGAAGGUUGAUACCAUUGAAUGGUGCCGUUCCGAGCUCCAGCGCCUUAUUCCCGCCGUCGAUGCCGCUCAAGCCGACUACCGUGCUGGAAAGGCCAAGAAAGUUCCGGCUGUGUUCGCAGAGUUCUACACCCAAUCCGACGCCCAGGCUGCUUACCAGGUUACCACUCAUCACCAAGCUCUUCAGAUGACGCCCAAGUACAUUGGGAUCCAGCCUACUGAGGUCAUCUGGAAGUCUCUCAGAGUAUCUUGGUGGCAGCGCGUUAUCCGUCGCUAUGCCGUUAUUGCCUUCAUCAGCGCACUUAUCAUUUUCUGGGCUAUUCCCGUCACAGUGGUCGGAAUUAUCUCCCAAGUCUCGUAUCUCAAGAAGGUUUCCUUCCUUACGUGGCUCGACAAGAUCCCCGACGUCAUCAUGGGCGUCGUUUCUGGCCUUCUCCCCAGUGUGGCUCUGGCUGUGCUCAUGUCCUUGGUGCCGAUUAUCAUGCGUCUUUGCGCCAAGCUUUCUGGCGAGCCUUCCAACUCCCGCGUCGAGCUUUUCACCCAGAACGCGUACUACUGGUUCCAGCUCAUUCAGGUCUUUCUUAUUACGACUGUCUCCUCGUCUGCUGUAGCGACCAUUCAGGCAAUUUCAAACAACCCGGGCUCCAUCUUCAGCACCCUGUCCACGGCAAUUCCCAAAUCCUCCAGCUUCUACGUCAGCUACUUCAUCCUCCAGGGUGUUACCCUCGCCACCGGUGUUUUGACCCAGGUGGUUGCAUUUGCCAUCUUCGUGGCCAUUCUGAAGUUCCUCACCAAUACGCCCAGAGCUUUGUACAACAAGUGGUCCACUCUUGCUGCUAUCUCGUGGGGAAGCGUCCUCCCUGUUUACACUACCAUUGCUGUCAUCAGCAUCACCUACGCUCUUAUCGCUCCUCUGAUGCUGUUCUUCUCCACCAUUGGCAUUGGCUUGUUCUAUCUUUCUUACCGUUACAACAUUCUGUUCGUCACGGACACCAAGAUUGACACCAAGGGUCUUUUGUACCCCCGCGCCCUCAAGCAGCUCUUUGCUGGUGUCUACCUGGCAGAGAUCUGCCUUGUGGGUUUGUUUUCCGUGUCGAAGGCUUUUGGACCCCUUGUCCUCAUGAUCGUCUUCCUCAUCUUCUCCAUCCUCUUCCACCUCACUCUGAACAGCGUCUUGGACCCUCUCUUGUACACUCUUCCCAGAUCCCUGCAGGUCGAGGAAGAGUCGCUGAGUGCCGACAUUGAGGGCAUCGACCGCAAGGAUUCCGGCAGAGGCGUUUCUGAGGAGCAGAACGGCGAUUCGAGCGGCUUCAUGAAGAAGAUCCCCAACAUCAAGAAGUUCGCCCCUGGAGGUGACGAGAAUGUUGUUGAGAAGGGCGGUAACAUUGUUACCCGCUUCCUCAAGCCGUGGAUCUUUGCCGACUAUCUUCACCUUCGCACCCUUGUUCCCCACGACCCCACACAGAUUGACGAGAUGUACCCUGGCAACAUUCAGGAUAACGCCUACUACCCACCUUCAGUCUCAAGCCUGCCUCCUCUUCUCUGGAUUCCUGAGGACGCCGCCGGUGUUUCCAAGUACGAGAUUGCUCAGACUAGCAAGAUUAUCCCUAUCACCGAUGAGGGCUGCACGUUGGAUGAGAAGAACAAGCUUGUUUGGGAUUCUGAGGGCGCCAGACCUCCCAUCUGGGACGAGAAGAUUUACUACUAA